AUUGUUCUUUAUGGACUAUCAUUUCUAUAUUCUGUAAAAUAGAAUAUAAGCUUAGUUUUAUGGGAAAGUGGUAUUGAAUAGAACAAAUAAUAAACAUUAUGGAAGCUAAGCUGGCAGGAACAAAUAAUAAACAUUAUGGAAGCUAAGCUGGCAGGCACCUUAAAAGGUUAUAUAAUUUACUUCCUUGCUUUUCUGCAGAAUUAGGUUUGUUCCCACUAGUCCUGGUAUUUUUAACCUGUUCUUAAGAAAACCACCAAUGAGUAAUCCUGUGGAUUACCUCACAAGUUAACCAGUUCCACUGCUUCAGUAUCCUUACAGGUGGAGACUGUUACAGGGAUGUACAAGUCACUAUAAGCAUCAAAGCAUAUUUAUCUUUAAAGUAUUGUGGGAGAAGUUAUGUUACGAAUAGAGCUUAUUGUUUUAGUAGGAAGAAAAUCUCACUAUGGCACCAUCAGGAAGAAAGCAUAAAGGAAAAGCUGGUAAACCAGCACAGGAAGAUCAAGCCAUACCUGCCUAUGACUUUCAAGAGGAAAGAAAAGAGCUGAGUGGAUCUGAGGAAGAUAUUAGAGAAGGUGAAACACCAGUGGUGGACAAGCAUGGAAAGAAAAGACCUUUGGUGACUCCUCAUGUGGUUUCAGAUGAUGUGGGGGGUGAAGUACAGAAUAUGUUGGAACGAUUUGGAGCUGAUAUUAACAAGGCUCUCCUAGCAAAAAGGAAAAGAUUAGAAAUGUAUACUAAAGCCUCACUCAAAACCAGUAACCAGAAAAUUGAACAUGUUUGGAAAACACAGCAGGAGCAAAGGCAGAAGCUCAAUCAUGAGUACUCCCAGCAGUUCCUGACCUUAUUUCAGCAAUGGGAUGUAGAUGUGCAGAAAGCAGAGGAACAGGAAGAAAAACUAGUGAAUAUGUUUCGUCAGCAACAAAAAGUUUUUCAACAGGCAAGAAUAGUGCAAAGUCAGAGACUGAAGACCAUUAAGCAGCUGCAUGAGCAGUUCUUAAAGAGUAUGGAGGAGCUGGAGAAGAACAAUGAAAGUCUUCUAGCUGGUGCACAAAGUGAACUUCGCAAAGAAAUGGCUAUGUUGCAGAAGAAGAUUAUGAUGGACACUCAACAGCAAGAGAUGGCAACUGUUCGCAAGUCUCUUCAGUCCAUGUUAUUCUGAUGGCUCAGUGGAGAAACAACUUUUACCUAAGUAAUAUGAUACAAGUAUAGGCAUUAGCCACAGAGAAGUAUGUUAAGAUUUCAAUGUUGUAAAGUUCCUAUUAAAUGGUUUCAGGGAUUGUUCUAAUCUCAUGUUUGAUAAUGUUGUAAAAAGGCGUAUUGGUAAGUUCACUUCUUUUUUUGGGGGGGGGAACGACCCCAAAAUCUAAACCAUUUACUGUCUGCCCAGUUAAUUUUUAACUAUUUGAUACUCACUUUCAUUCAUUAGCAUUGGACUGCUUCGAUUGUUUCACUUCUUAUAACACCAAAUUGUGAACCACAGGCAAAAUUAAUGAAAAAAGCAUUACAUAUAGAUUUUUGCACAGUAAUUUUAGGCUUUUAGGUACAUUGUGCAAAUGGAAGUAUUUUUCCAAAGCUACGAAUUUUAAGAUUUUCAUAGUUUCAACAUUUAGCCUGACCUAUCAGCAGUUAUAAAAGCUCAUAAAGUAUGACACAGCUUGUGUAAGAUUGUUAAAUGAUGUAUAUUAUGGUAAAUUAAGGUAAACUUUGUUUAGUCUUUUGCUGUGCUAUGCCUUGUAAUAUUUUAUUACAAGUAGGAGACUACUUUGCACUACUUCUGUAAUUUGCCCAGAAGACAAGAUUUCUUUAAUCGAAUUAAGAGUUGAAUAUCAUGGCUUUAUAUGACAUCUGCUUAAAUAACCAUAAUUAAACACUACUACAUGCA